AUGUCUGUCACAAUUAAGGAGACCCUUUACGUUAAGCCAGCCAGGCCAACGAAGCAUGGUCAAAUUCCGCUUUCUAAUUGUGACAUUAUCUUUCCAGCAGUUUAUGUCGGGCCCAUUUAUUUUUUUAAAAAUGUCUUAAAAAAAGACAAUUUUAUGAACAUUCAAAAACUUUUAGCAUCACUUGGAGAUGUGUUAAACGAUUAUUAUCCUCUGGCUGGCACACUUAAAAGUGCAUUUGAUGGUAGACCUAUCAUCGACUGUAAUGAUCGUGGUGUUCAAUUUAUCGUUGCUGAGUGUUCUGGUAUUACAAUCAAUCACCUUGAAGAAAAGAAUUGGGAACAUGCAGUUAUUCCUCGCGGAUUAAUGCAAACAGAAAAUAUGUGUACUGAAAUUGAUCCAAUUCUAUUUAAAAUACAACACACUACUUUUGUUGAUGGAACCGUAGCCCUUGGUUUUGCUAUACAUCAUCAAAUUAUGGAUGGUUAUGGUCUAUUUACUUUUAUUAAAAAUUGGGGACGAAGAGCUCGUUUAGAACAGAUUGACCCACCUAUUCACGAUCGAAAUUUGCUAAAAGCAAGUGGUAAUCAUUCAACAUAUGUUCCUUAUGAAUAUUUUGUAAUGAAACCGACUGAAAUUAUUUAUCCACACGCACUUACAAAUAAGUCUUUAACUACGAAAAUUUUCCGCUUUUGUCAAGAAGAUCUUAAGAGAUUACAUAUUUAUUAUUCUGCUGGUAUUCCUAAUGGGUGUUGGAUUUCAACAAAUGAUGCACUUGUAGCUCACUUUUGGAGGACAAUCACUAGAGCUCGAAAUAUUGAUUUAAACACUGAAGUAUUUUGUAGCAUUGCUUUUAAUGGACGUGAUAGAUUAAAUCCACCUAUUCCAAAAAGUUAUUAUGGAAAUGUUGUUUUCCAAGUAUGUCAAAAAAUGCUUGUAUCUCAAUUGAUUAACGGUUCACCAUCUUCAGUAGCACUUCAAGUUCGAAAGGCCAUUACCGAAAUAAAUGAUAGUCAUAUGCGAUCUAUAAUUGAUUGGGUUGAACAACAACCAGAUAAAUCAUUGAUCUCUGAAUGUAUUAUGUUCAAUGGCGAAGAUUUUGGAAUAACUAAUGUGUCAAAAUUUCAAAAGUAUAACUUAAUAGAUUUUGGCGAUGGAAAUCCUAUAAAACAGAGACGUAGACAAGAAUUUGCACUUGAUGGGCAUUAUAUAGUACAGAGUACUGAGACAGAUGAUGGAAUAGAAGUUUACUUUAAUUUACAAACUGAAAAAUUGGAAAUCAUGGAGCAGGAUCCUGAAUUUAAGAAAUUUAUUGUCUUAUAG